AUGCUGCCAGCCCUCGUCAAGCUCUGCUGUGGAAUCUCUUACCCGCACUUCAGGAGUCUGGCAGGACUUCAGCGCACGGCUAUGGCGGUCAUAGGUCAGGAGAUCUCUCACCUGCAGCGGUGCGGACACGUCCCGCAGCGCAUGAGGACGCUUGCCGGUUUGACCCACGACGAGCACCAAAGAGUCAACGGGGAGGCUCUAGCAGCGAGAGGCGAGCAGCAGUCGUUCGUGCGGAAAGGCCAUGAAGCCAUGACGAAGGCUCUCAGCAUGCUGGAGCAGAAAGACGGAUGGAAAGUGGAGAUCAUAGAGGGCAACGGAGAUGCGAUCUACAGUAAAGUGGUCCAAGGGUCCAGGAAAGUGUUCCGGCUCGAGGUGAUCCUGGAUGCCGACCUGGAGGAGCUCUAUGACAUCCUGUUUGCCAAGGUGGAGGAGAUGCACCAGUGGAACCCGAGCAUCCAACAAAUCAAAGUUCUCAAGCGAGUUGGUCCGGAAACGAUGGUCACGCACGAGGUGUCGGCGCAGACGGCGGGAAAUCUGAUUGGUCGGAGGGACUUCCUGAGCGUGAGGCACAGCUGCAAGCGAAAGUCCCGCAUUUAUUUGGGAGGGGGCGCCGUUCAGCUGGAGGCCUUCCCACCGCUGGGGGGCUUUGUCAGAGCCGAGGACGGCCCCACGGGCAUGGUCAUUGAGGCGCUGGGCGACGGGUCGACACGAAGGAGUCGCUUCACGUGGCUCGUCAACAUGGACGUGAAGGGCUGGCUUCCCAAGUCAAUUGUCAAUCAGGCCUUGCCUCGAGCUCAGCUGGAUUUCACCAAGCACCUUCGCAGGCGCCUCACAGCCGGCGCCGGCGCCCCUCUGGGCUGACAGCCAAAGGCCCUGUAGAGACGAAGGCUGCCAGAGGAGCAGCUCGGCGGGGAGGCGGGACGGCAGGGAGUGGAAAUGGCGGCUGCAGCGGGA